AUGGAAAAUAAAAAGAAAGACAAGGACAAAUCAGAUGAUAGAAUGGCACGACCUAGUGGUCGGUUGGGACAUAACACUCGAGGAACUGGUUCUUCUUCCUCUGGAGUUUUAAUGGUUGGACCUAACUUUAGAGUUGGAAAAAAAAUUGGAUGUGGGAAUUUUGGAGAACUACGAUUAGGGAAAAAUUUGUAUACAAAUGAAUAUGUGGCCAUUAAAUUGGAGCCCAUGAAAUCCAGAGCACCACAGCUCCAUUUGGAAUACAGAUUCUACAAGCAGUUAGGAUCUGGAGAUGGUAUACCUCAAGUUUACUAUUUUGGCCCUUGUGGUAAAUACAACGCUAUGGUGCUGGAACUACUGGGACCUAGUUUGGAAGAUUUGUUUGAUUUGUGUGACAGAACAUUUUCUCUUAAAACGGUUCUCAUGAUAGCUAUCCAACUGAUUUCUCGCAUGGAAUAUGUCCAUUCAAAGAACUUGAUAUACAGAGAUGUAAAACCUGAGAACUUCUUAAUAGGCCGGCCGGGAAACAAAACCCAGCAAGUUAUUCAUAUUAUAGAUUUUGGUUUGGCAAAGGAAUAUAUUGAUCCAGAGACAAAGAAACACAUACCAUACAGAGAACACAAGAGCCUUACAGGAACAGCUAGAUAUAUGAGCAUAAACACACAUUUAGGGAAAGAACAAAGUAGAAGAGAUGACUUAGAAGCUUUAGGUCACAUGUUCAUGUAUUUUCUGAGAGGGAGUCUUCCUUGGCAAGGUUUAAAGGCUGACACAUUAAAAGAGAGGUAUCAGAAAAUUGGAGAUACAAAACGAGCCACACCAAUAGAAGUGUUAUGUGAAAAUUUUCCAGAAGAAAUGGCAACGUAUCUUCGUUAUGUAAGAAGGCUAGAUUUUUUUGAAAAACCAGAUUAUGACUACCUAAGAAAACUUUUUACUGACUUGUUUGAUCGAAAAGGAUAUAUGUUUGAUUAUGAAUAUGACUGGAUUGGUAAACAGUUGCCUACUCCAGUGGGUGCAGUUCAGCAAGAUCCUGCUCUGUCAUCAAACAGAGAAGCACAUCCACACAGAGAUAAGAUACAAUCCAAAAAUCAGUCGGCAGACCACAGGCCCGCCUGGGACUCCCAGCAGGCAAAUCCCCAUCAUUUGAGGGCUCACCUUGCAGCAGACAGACAUGGUGGCUCGGUACAGGUUGUAAGUUCUACAAAUGGAGAAUUAAACACAGAUGACCCUACUGCAGGACGUUCAAACGCACCCAUCACAGCCCCUACAGAAGUAGAGGUGAUGGAUGAAACCAAGUGCUGCUGUUUUUUCAAACGAAGGAAAAGGAAAACCAUACAGCGCCACAAAUGA